AUGCCUCUGGACGCCCAGGGUAGACCUGUUCUCGGCACUAGCGCUGCCGGCGAGAAAGACGGUAGAACAGCAGAGCAGUCAAGAUGCAACAAGUUGAAGUCAACUACUAGAGUGUACGGCGAAGUUGGUAUCGAGACGUGUUUCGAUAAUGCGAGCAAAACAGGCUACAGCUCGCGAUCAAGACGACGUGCGGCCAAGACAGUAUCCGAGCAGAACGGUAACACGCAGGAGCAGGACGGCGGGCAGACACUGGGAAGACCGCGCACAAGCAGGACGGCGGGUUGCAGACGAGAAGGCAGUGACGAGCAGGACAGCAUGCGAGCAAGACGGCAUGCGAGCAGGACGACGCAUUCCCAGUACCAGAAGGGACUGCACUCGAUGGCAGGCGAUGCGCUGCACAUAUUGCUCAAUGGCAAUCUCUCUGAUACGAUUUCGGCAAACUUUGUGUCACUCAAUAGUCUGAAAACUGUCGUCGAGAGGAACGUUGACCUUCUUCGCUGGCAAGACAUGCUCCGGUUGGUCCAAUGGCAAUACCUUGAGCUUGCCCUCGACCUUGGUCGUGCGAUCUGCACCGACAAUCGACGGGGAGUGCAACCACAAGUCCGGGAUGUCAAUGAGGUCAAUAUUGAUCUGCAAGUCGGAAGCGCUCAAUUCGGUGAACCCCGGUUGCAAUCGCCUUCGCAAUCGCCUCGAGCCACCACUGCCACAGACCUCCAGGACACGCAGAGGUUGACUUGUGUGCUUCCCCAGCAACUUCUGGAAGCUAUGCCAGCCCCAGCGCCACAGCCUGAGGUCCAAUACCUUGGUUUCUACCGUGCCGACAUAGGGAAGAGUGCAAUCCACAAGGCCAAAUUGGAGGAAGAUGGUCUCGUGUAUUGCGGAUACCUCAACACUAAGGAUUAUUCGCAUUUCCCUCCGCCACCUGCCCCAAAGGUCGAACUUAAAAAACGUGUGGUCAUAGACCUCGUCACAGACAGCGAAGACGAGGCAGGGAAAGAGGCGGGAAAGCCCACUUCCUCGUCUACUACUUCCACGCCUUCCUCAUUAUCUACACCUUCUACACCUUCCUCGUCUUCUGCCAAACGCUCAAACCAUACGCGAAAACACAGCAAAUCUACCCAAUGUUUGCCGGAGAAGCAAAAGGUCAAGUGA